UCCGAUAUCUGUUACGACCGAUUAAAACAUAAUAAUUAUAUUCUCGUAGCUGAUUCUGAUCGAAACGCAUCCAGUGGCUAGGUGGAUCCUCUUUCACCAUUCGUAACGCGUUUAUUUCUCGUCGAUGGUUUUGUCAAGUACGUUCCCUUGUGAUUCUCGGCUUUCUCUGUUCGUCCUUCGAUGGAUCUCGCUCGAUCCUGGUGGCCGAAGAGCGGCGACGAAGGGACGCGGCGCGGAGCUGUUCGACGCCGUGCUCGUAGCCGUUCUGACGGAACGGUGGAGGGGACGCAUAGGCAGAGAGGAAGGGUAGCGGGGCGUCGCGACGCCAGGCGUCGCUGGUGUCGAACCGGCAGCAUAUCGUUGAGUCGAACGUGUCGUGUGCCGUCGCUAUCGCCACCGUGGUCGUUGUCGUCAUCGUCGCCGUUUUUCAUCGAGCGGAUUUUCGAAAACCCUAGAGAAAGCCGAAGCUCGGUGGUUUCCCGUCGCCGGUCGGGGGGGGUGAAUAUUUUUGGUAAAAUUGUUUUUAACGUUUGCGUGCAGUUUCCCCCCGAUCGAAUCAACGCCCGAGCAACUCCCGGUCGUAGAACGGUCACGGAACGAUCUAGUCGAGAAGCAAGUGCGCGAGUACAAGGGGCCACGGCUACGCGUUACGGCGAACUGGAACGAGUGGGGUUUGACGAGAGUUUGUGUACGGCCAUGCUCGCAACGGAAAAGCCAAUGUUUCGCGAGUGCGAGCAGGAGGAAAGCUGAAGAAGGGAAGGCGAGCUAGGCAGAGAACGCGAGCAGACCGAGGGAGGGCGAAAGAGAGAGACUGAGUGAGAGAGAGAAAGAGAGAGAGAGAGAGAGAGAAACCCGGAAGAGAAGAGCGUCUGGAUCCUGGAGUAUCGUUUACGAUACGACACCGAGCCAUCAGAAUUGCGUUGAUCCAUUUGCACGAAAGAUCGCCCAGAAGAUUGGCCAGGGUGCGAGCUGGACGAUAACCGUAGUAUGAGAGAAGAGCGGCACGCAGCGAGAAGGUCACGGAGGGAGGUUCGAAAGAGCUCAGUGCCGUAGCAUGCCGGCGAGCUGCAGCGGGUGGUGGGGCGUCUCUGAGAGAGCGCGUCGAUCGGCGUCGUCAGGCGUCUACUUGGGCGUCUGCGUGGUCAGGCAGGGGCCGGAGAAGCGUGCAUACGCGAGUAUAACAGGAAGAGGAGGCGGAGGCGGAGGAGGAGGAGGAGGAGGAGGAGGAGGAGGAGGCGGAAGAGGAGGCGGAGGAAGCAAGAGGAAGCGAAGGAGAAGGAUCAGAAGAAGAAGAAGAAGAGAAAGCACGGCGGUGAUCGAGGCGAGGAGGAGGGACCGAUGAGCGCGGGGGGGGAUGGGGGCUCGGGGUUGGGCCCCCCUGAGCUGCCGGGGGCCCAGCCGACUGCCGCGACCCCCCCCAUCCUCGGGCAGCACCGGAACUCCCAAACUGCCCAGGACGGACAGCCAGCUACCGCGCAGUCUCAAACGGGCCAGACACACGGGACCAGCACCGGUGCCGCCAAAUCCGCCACCAAAAGGCCGGCUCGAAGGGGUGGCAAAGCGGUACCCGACAGACCACUCAGGGCUCUCUUUUGUUUACCCCUGAAAAAUCCCGUGCGCAAAAUGUGCAUCGACGUUAUCGAAUGGAAACCUUUCGAGUGGCUUAUUCUCAUGACGAUAUUCGCGAAUUGCAUCGCCCUGGCAGUCUACACACCGUACCCAUUUGGCGAUUCUAAUUUGACCAACCAGUAUUUGGAAAAAAUAGAGUAUAUAUUUCUUGUGAUUUUUACGCUCGAGUGCGUCAUGAAGAUCAUCGCUUACGGCUUCGUGGCUCAUCCCGGCGCUUAUCUUCGAAACGGCUGGAACAUAUUAGACUUCUCGAUAGUAGUGAUAGGAAUGGUGAGCACGGUAUUGUCGAUACUUAUGAAAGAAGGCUUCGAUGUGAAAGCGUUGAGGGCUUUUCGGGUGCUACGACCUCUCAGGCUGGUUUCCGGCGUACCAAGUCUGCAAGUAGUCCUAAACUCUAUUUUGAGAGCGAUGAUACCCCUUCUCCAUAUCGCUCUGCUGGUUCUAUUCGUCAUCAUUAUUUACGCUAUCAUCGGCCUCGAGCUGUUCUCCGGCAAAAUGCAUAAAACCUGCAGGCACAAUGUCACCGACGCGAUCAUGGACAACCCAAUUCCGUGUGGGUCCGGCGGUUUCCAGUGCGAUAACGUGGGACCCGAGUACUAUUGUAGCAGGCGAUUCUGGGAAGGUCCGAAUUGGGGUAUUACGAAUUUCGACAACUUCGGCUUGGCCAUGUUGACGGUCUUCCAAUGCGUUACGCUCGAGGGCUGGACCGACGUGCUCUACAACAUCGAAGACGCGAUGGGAAGCUCGUGGCAAUGGAUCUAUUUCAUCUCCAUGGUCAUACUGGGAGCUUUCUUCGUGAUGAAUCUAAUUCUCGGUGUACUGUCCGGCGAAUUCUCCAAGGAGAGAGAGAAAGCAAAAGCGAGAGGCGACUUCCACAAACUCAGAGAGAAGCAGCAGAUCGAGGACGACCUGAGGGGCUACCUGGACUGGAUCACCCAGGCCGAGGAUAUCGAACCGGAAACCGACGAGCCGAAGAUGCAGGACGGCAAAACGAAACAACAGAACGAGAUGGAAAGCACGGAUCAGUUAGAGGGCGACGAGGAAGGGGUUCAACAGGAAUCGUUGUGGAGAAGGAAAAAGCUGGAUUUCGACAGGGUAAACAGAAGAAUGAGGAGGGCGUGCAGAAAAGCAGUCAAGUCGCAGGUUUUCUACUGGUUGAUCAUAGUAUUGGUUUUCCUGAAUACCGGCGUUCUGGCCACCGAACACUACAAUCAACCUCAUUGGUUGGAUGACUUUCAAGAGAUCACAAACAUGUUUUUCAUCGCGUUGUUUUCCAUGGAGAUGAUGCUGAAGAUGUAUAGCUUAGGAUUUCAAGGUUACUUCGUCUCGCUCUUCAAUCGGUUCGAUUGUUUCGUCGUGAUCGGCUCCAUCACCGAGAUGAUCCUCACGAAUACUCACGUGAUGCCACCGCUCGGCGUUUCCGUUCUCCGUUGCGUCCGGUUGCUCAGGGUAUUUAAAGUGACAAAAUAUUGGAGGUCGUUGUCGAAUUUGGUGGCUUCCCUUUUAAACUCCAUACAAUCGAUCGCGUCUUUGUUGCUUCUGCUCUUCCUUUUUAUCGUGAUCUUCGCCCUGCUGGGCAUGCAGGUGUUUGGUGGAAAAUUCAAUUUUAGCGAUUUACAGAACAAGCCCCGUCACAAUUUCGACAGCUUUUGGCAAAGUUUGUUAACCGUCUUUCAGAUAUUAACCGGCGAAGAUUGGAACGCCGUUAUGUACGAUGGAAUUAGAGCCUAUGGCGGUGUUUCAAGCUUUGGCAUGCUCGCCUGUUUCUAUUUCAUCAUUCUCUUUAUAUGCGGUAACUAUAUCCUACUGAACGUCUUCUUGGCCAUCGCUGUCGACAACCUCGCCGAUGCCGAAUCGUUAACUGCCAUCGAGAAAGAAGCCGAAGAGGGGGGGGAGAAGAAUAAACAGCACAGUGCCUCGGCGAGUAGAGACGAAGUGAGCGGGGAACAGGGUGAUGACGGUGGCGAAGGAACCGGUGCAGAGGACGAAGGCGGUGGAACCGACCUCGAGCACGAUCCUAACGAAACGAUGGAGGAUUACGAGGCAGCCGUGGACACGGAAACGUCGGAGAAAAGCGACGAUACGAACAAUCACGCCAAGGUGCGACUGAACAUAGAAUCCGACGAGGAAGUGGAGGAAGAGGAGGAAGUCGAACACAACGAGAUGCACGAUGACGGUGCGGAUCACGAGGUAUCGGCUAGACCACGAAGAAUGUCCGAAUUCAACAUGGCUACGAAGACAGAACCGAUUCCAGCCGGUUCGUCUUUCUUCCUCUUCUCGCAAACGAACAGAUUUCGAGUGUUUUGCCACUGGCUGUCUAACCACAGCUACUUCAGCAACAUGAUCCUCGUAUGUAUCAUGAUAUCUUCGGCCAUGUUAGCGGCCGAAGAUCCUUUACGCGCGUCCUCUUAUAGAAAUCAGAUUUUACUGAAUUUUGACUAUUUUUUCACCACGGUAUUUACGAUCGAGAUCUGUUUAAAGAUGAUCUCGUUCGGUUUUAUUAUACACGACGGUGCAUUCUGCCGGUCGGCGUUCAAUUUGCUCGACCUUUUGGUCGUGUGCUCUUCUCUCAUCUCUAUGUCUUUCAGUUCCGGCGCGUUUUCAGUGGUGAAAGUACUGCGUGUAUUACGCGUGUUGAGACCUCUACGCGCCAUCAAUCGUGCCAAGGGAUUAAAGUACGUAGUGAAGUGUGUGAUUGUCGCCAUUAAAACGAUCGGCAACAUUAUGUUGGUCACCUAUCUCCUACAGUUCAUGUUCGCUGUUAUCGGGGUACAGCUGUUUAAGGGCAAAUUUUUCUAUUGUUCCGAUGCAUCGAAAAUGACGAAGGACGAAUGCCAGGGUACGUACCUGGAGUACGACAACGGCGAUAUCAAUAAGCCGGUGAUGAAGGAGAGAAGUUGGAUUCAGCAACGUUUCCAUUUCGACGACGUUGCGAAAGCGAUGCUUACGCUUUUCACCGUGUCCACGUUCGAAGGCUGGCCGUCAUUACUAGACGUGUCGAUCGACUCUAACAAGGAGGAUCAUGGACCAAUUCAUAAUUUUCGGCCGAUAGUGGCCGCGUACUACAUCAUUUACAUCAUUAUCAUAGCAUUCUUCAUGGUGAACAUCUUCGUUGGUUUCGUUAUUGUCACUUUCCAGAACGAGGGUGAGCAAGAGUACAAAAACUGCGAGCUCGAUAAGAAUCAGCGGAAUUGCAUCGAGUUCGCGUUAAAGGCGAAACCAGUGCGACGAUACAUACCGAAGCAUCGAAUACAGUACAAAGUGUGGUGGUUCGUCACAUCUCAGCCGUUCGAGUACACCAUUUUCACUCUGAUCAUGAUUAACACGGUGACCUUAGCGAUGAAGUUUUAUCGACAACCGGAAAUCUACACGGAAGCGUUAGACGUUCUUAACAUGAUCUUCACCGCGGUCUUUGCCCUGGAGUUUAUCUUUAAGUUGGCGGCCUUUCGAUUUAAGAACUACUUUGGCGACGCUUGGAACGUUUUCGACUUCAUUAUCGUGCUUGGAAGUUUCAUCGACAUCGUUUACUCCGAGGUCAAUCCUGGCUCCACCAUCAUUUCCAUCAACUUCUUCCGGCUGUUUCGAGUGAUGCGGCUGGUGAAAUUGCUGAGCAGAGGCGAAGGCAUCAGAACGCUUCUCUGGACGUUCAUCAAAUCUUUCCAAGCUCUGCCAUACGUAGCUCUGCUAAUUAUAAUGCUAUUUUUCAUUUACGCCGUGAUAGGUAUGCAGGUAUUUGGAAAAAUCGCGAUCGACGACGAUACGUCGAUAGACCGGAACAACAAUUUCCAGUCGUUCCCACAAGCGGUGCUGGUCUUGUUUCGAUCGGCUACGGGCGAAGCUUGGCAAGACAUCAUGUUGGACUGUUCGGCGCAGCCCGGUAAAGUGAAAUGCGACCCGAACAGCGACGAGGUGAAUAAUCACAAUGGUUGUGGAUCCGACAUUGCAUUUCCCUACUUUAUAUCUUUCUACGUUUUAUGCUCGUUCCUCAUCAUCAAUCUAUUCGUCGCUGUAAUUAUGGACAAUUUCGAUUACCUGACGAGGGAUUGGUCGAUCCUGGGUCCUCACCAUUUGGACGAGUUUAUUCGUUUGUGGUCCGAGUACGAUCCCGAUGCGAAAGGUCGUAUCAAGCACCUGGACGUGGUCACUCUCCUCAGAAAGAUAUCUCCGCCCUUGGGUUUCGGUAAACUCUGCCCUCAUCGCGUCGCCUGUAAAAGGCUGGUUUCGAUGAAUAUGCCGUUGAACAGCGACGGUACGGUGCUGUUUAACGCGACUCUGUUCGCCGUGGUGAGGACGUCGUUGCGAAUUAAAACCGAGGGAAACAUCGACGACGCUAACGCAGAAUUGAGAGCGGUGAUCAAGAAAAUUUGGAAGAGGACCAGCCCGAAGCUUCUGGAUCAGGUGGUGCCGCCACCCGGAGGCGACGACGAAGUGACCGUGGGCAAAUUCUACGCCACCUUCCUGAUCCAGGAUUACUUCAGAAGAUUCAAGAAGCGCAAGGAGCAAGAAUUGAAGGACGGUAAUAAGGAGAGCCACAACACCGUCACGCUUCAGGCUGGUCUGAGAACGUUGCACGAAGCCGGGCCCGAACUGAAGAGAGCCAUUUCCGGAAACUUGGAAGAACUGCUCGACGACAAUCCGGAACCUAUGCACAGGAGGAACCACUCGUUGUUCGGCAGCGUUUGGUCGAGUAUGAGGAAGGGACAUCACAAUUUUAACCGAGCCAGGUCGCUCAAAGUGAACUCCACGACUAAGGCUUCCCCGACAAACUCCAUAGACUUCCUGCCGUACUCGUCGCUUCAGAGAGGAAGCGGACACGACCCGCCGAAUCAGAUUACCGCGAGAUCUCAUCAAGUUGUGCCAAACGUAGCAGGCGGUUUGAGCGACAGUGCGAUGAACCAAAUGGGAAUGGAUCCUAAGCUCACGGGUAUCGAGGAGAACAUACCACUGAGACCAUUGGCCGUGUUCGGAAAUCCCGUCCAGCAGCAAUCCUAUCAUCACACACCUUACAAAGUAUUCGACAGUCUUCAGGACGGAAUCGAGCGGCAGCUGACGCCACCGACGCCACCACCCCGAAGGAACCCACCCCCGUCCAUUGAUCCGAGCACCGGCACCCUGCACUCCGUGCAAAUCUCAUCCGGCAAGUCCGCCAGUGCAACGACGUCGAUCGCCACGUACACGAACACGUCCACCGCUACGACCAGCCCGAGCCUCGGUUCAUCCUCCAACGGGACACGGUCUUACGCGACUAGAGGCUGCUGCGUCGAUUGUGCCGUCUGGAGUAAUCACGCCAUAGAUCGCGAGGACGGAGAUUCGUCGGCGACGAGCGAGUAUAGCGAGUCCGGCGGGUCAGGAGGUUCAGAAGGUUCGGGAGAUUCAGAAGGUUCAGGAGGUUCAGGAUGUUCAGGAGGUUCGGGAGGUUCGGGAGAUUCAGGAGGAUCCGGUGGUUCCGGAGGGUCUAGUUGGAGCAACUCGGAGAAGGUCGGAGAACUUCGCGGAGGGUCGCUGAGGCAGGAGUUAACGGUAGCGUCUCGGUGCCGUGUUCGGGGUCGACGCGAUCCGCCGGUCGCUAAAUCGGCGCCGUCCAGUUUCCGGAAACGCGAGACCAGCGGCGGCGGUGGUGGUGGACAGUCGAGCAGCUCGACAACGUCGGCGAGUACCGGAUUUGCGCGUAGCGUCGCCAACGGCCUCAAGCUCGCCCAGACCCAGGCGAUCGCUGUCGCCGGCUUCCUCGCCGACGUCGACUCGCGACACGACCGCGUCUGCGUCUCCUGUCUAUCGCAUCGGGCCUCUUACCACGGCAGAGUUUCCUGGGCCGGUGAGAGUAACGGAAGCAUCGGCGCAGAGCGCCUGUCCCACAGUUUACCCGGCAGUCCUGCCGAUCGGAAGCCGAACUUCGAGGUCAUCGGAAGCGCGGAAAGCUUGGUUGGCCGGGUUCUCGUGGAGCAAGGGCUAGGCAAGUACUGCGACCCGGACUUUGUCAGAUACACGUCGCGAGAGAUGCAGGAAGCGCUGGACAUGACGCGCGAAGAGAUGGACCGGGCGGCGCAUCAGCUUCUUCUGCAAGAGCGUCGUGGACAACCGCUGUCGUAUCAGCUACAACAGGGCGCAGACCAGCAAUGGACGCCGGCCUAUCAGCCGAUCCAGCAGAGCCAACAGGCGACAGGCAUCGGGUACCAGCCGCUGCAGGAGCAACAACCGUCCGGCCCGCGACAGUAUCGAUCGUACUAUCAAGGUAGAGGGCCAACGGGCACCACUUCCGACCAGUCGACGCAACAGCAACAACCGCCGCCGUCUUAGCGACGCGACGACCAUCCCGUAGAUCGUGUUCCCAACUCGUUCAUCUAGUCGAACGAGAACCACUCUCGUCCCAGGUAUCGUCUAUCGUUUCACCGAAAAUACGAGGCAGUUCGAUGCCUCUGUAGGUGGUGGAAUUGGAAGUGGAUGGAGAAGCGGAACGAGGAGCGAAACGAGGAGCGAAACGAAACGGUGAAGCAUCGUUUCGUCGAUCGAUACGUUCGUCGCAGACGCGAUGAACCUCCUCGAUUCGUUUGGCAGCUUUUGCCGCGGAAACGAGGGUUCCAUGUUUCUGCCGUUGUAGGAUUUGCGGCGUGAAGCGGGUCAAGAGACGUGGCGGGUGACUGUGGUAAAAAAGUGUGGCAAGAAGGCUUCCGACGCGGUCGAAAGAGGAUCGGCCGACGCAAGCAAUAAAGCAACGAGAGCAACGACCGAUCGCGCGUCGAUAGGAAAAGCAUCGGGGCUGGAACGCUGACUGCGAAAAGCGGCGAAAACGCUCGAAGGGUGGAGGCAACGAACGCUUCCAUCGGGAUAGCCAGGCUUCCGACACGAUCGCGAAUCGAACAAUUGGGAACGUUAGCGAAGACGAUGUUGCCGAAUGAAUAGCGCGCGAUCCUCUCGAUUCGAGCGAACGUGUCGCGUUUCGAGCUUCGUUGGUAAAACGAGACGGCGCGGAAACAGAUGAGAAAAGAACUGGCGCGAAGCGAGACGCGAACGAUUAAAAUCCUUAUUGCUCUCGUUCUUAUCGUAAAACACUUAUUCCUUCGAUUACCGUUGUUUAGGAUAUAAUUGAACUCAUUAUUGCUCUUCGUACGAUGGAUUACUAGAUGAGAUAACAAGUGCCUAAGUAUCUGUAACUUCUUUCGGACCAGAGAAGACUUUUAUCAACUUAGACAAAGUACUAUUACCGCGAAUUACGAAAACAUGUUGCGAGUGUGUAUGCUACGGUAUUGUAACGAUAUAUGUAUAUACGCAUACAUAUAUAUCGUUAUAUAUAUUUUACACACGCACACACACAUUCACGCACACGCCACAUCACAUGCAUACACACGCACAAGCAUACACGUUAAAACAUUACACACGUACACACACACAUAAAGUCAUUGUUAUUAUUAUUAUUAUUAUUAUUAUUAUUAUUAUUAUUAUUAUUAUUAUUAUUAUUAUUAUUAUUAUUAUUAUUAUUAUUAUUAUUAUUAUUAUUAUUAUUAUUAUUAUUAUUAUUAUUAUUAUUA